GGAUGGCGGGUUACUGCGUUUGUCACUUUUGCAAGCUACCAUGCCACUUCAUACGGGAGUGUCCGUUCCACGGGCAACCUAACGGUGGGGAAAUGGCGGCUCGCAUCCAAGAAGCUAUGGGUGGAGUCGGUCGGGGAGAUAGCGGGGGAUUGUUGCCUGCGCCUAGUAGCUCUAACGCUAUCGUGCCUUAUGUCGCACCACAGAGCAAGGGCUACUCUGGCAACAGCUACAGCGGGGGCUACGAUAAUAGUAGGCAACGUUACUCCAAGCCAUGGAACGGAGGUUACAAGGAUCGGGAUCGCGACAGGGAUGAGAAGAUCGACAGACUGUUCGAACUUAUGUCCGAGCAGAUUGAAGAACGGGAACAGCGGAAGCGGGAGGCUGCGCAGCUUGAGCUCUUGCAAGAAGAGAAGAAAAGACUCCAGGCAGAAGAAGACAAACGUGUUCAGGCGGAUGGUGGGAAAGAAAAAUCGGACGUGGGAAGGGAGGAUGAGAUCUUGGCUAUGCAACUGCAGAUUAAGGAGUUGAGCCAGAUUCGAUCGGCGCUGGAGGAGAAAAACGCUGAGUUGGCGCAGCUUAAGACGGAGAACAGUCAUCUCAGGAAGGACUUUCGAGAGUUGUGGGAUGAAAUUGCAUCCAUGCGUGGCAAAAGAGACGUCGCGACUGUAACCGAGAGCAGCCCUCCCGAGGAAUCAGCCAAGGGAAAACAGAAAGUUAAUCCGAGCUUAUCGGCCAUGUAUACCCCGAAGGAUUUGGAGGCCCUGCGGAAGGCGUAUAAGCAGGCUCUGGAAGCCAAAGACAUGGCCUUGAAAGAAGCCGAGAUGGCUAAGGAACGAGUGGCGAGAUUGGCUGCCUCUUGGAUACACUGCAGUGCGCGCAAGGCCUCCGCCUGGAAGUCCGCUCCUAGGAACUUGAGGACAAGCUUUCAGGCCGUUGAGAUCGAAUCGGAAGACGAUGGGGAUGGACCGAAUCGGAAUCAGGGAGGGGACAAGAGUAAUGCGCGCCCUAUAGUUGAGGUUGCACAUGAUCUCGAGGAAGCCAAGGUGCGGGAGUUUCGGGAGGUACGUUUGAAGGAACUCCGCCCAGCCAAGAAGGCGGACAUGGAGCUUGCCUGUGAAGAAGAAGGGAUCAGCUACUUCAAGAUGGACCAAGCCAAGACCGAUGUAGCCGAGAUCAGGGCUAGGCGGGAUUAUGACUCCUGGCUGCAGGAUAAGGAGCGGCAGGGUAAACAGAAAACUGACGAAGAUGACGAAGAUCGGGAGUUGAACUAUGCCACCUCUACUGAGGAAGUCAACGAGGGAUGAGGGCACUCCCUGAGUGCUUCAGAUCUAUGGGAGCUGGCCCGUUUUUGUCGAGAUUUUCCAGAUGAUUUUCCCGCAGCCAAGGUUCAG